GCACCACAGCCACAAGCAAAGAGUAAAACGAGUGUCAAACCGUAAACCUGUGUGCCUGAAUAAUAUACACUGUCUCAGGAUCGGUGGAGGUAAAAUAUCAGAAUACGGAUUGUCUUCCCUUUGCCUGGAAUUUUGGAACUUCCUGGGAAUCCAACAGGUCUUUUACGAUCUUCAGGGCUGUGUAAACAUUCAGAGAUCCAUCUCGGAACUACUCUUCGAACUUGGACUCAUCUGGAAAUCUUACUUUCGACCAUCAGAAACACUGUGAGAUCCUUUCAAACUAUUUUUCUGGAAUAUUGGAUAUAUUUUAUGAUCUUUGGUACCUUGGUCUCCUCAGAAACACGCUGAGAUCCACUUUGGGGUCUGAUUUGGAAACUGGAUCCAUUCUGCAAUCUUAGUCAUACCUCCAAAAUUCGUCUUUAACUGUUUCUGGAAUACUGGGCCCAAACCACAAACUGGACAUCUUGUAGAACUUGACACUGAUCUUGGUCACUUGGGCAUCAAUUCCUCCUGAGUAAGUGUCCCAUCAUUUCCUCAAACUUUCCCAAUGGCUCAAUCAGGAUCCUGCCCAAACCCAGACCUGUCAAAUGGCACCAUUGUCUACGGCCCACUAGAUAUCUGUUCAGACCUGGAUACCCAGAGAGGAAGAGAGGAUGAGGAAGGAGAAGAAGAUGAUGAGGAGGUGGAACUAGCCGAGGAAGUAGGGGAGGAGGUUUUGAUGAUGACUGAAGCAGAAGAGGGGCAAGCUGAAGGAGACAGCAGAGAGCAGAGUGAAAGGGAAGAAGUGAGGAUUAUCCAAGAGACCCUGUUACCAAAUGAAGUUAUACUGGAGGGGGAGGGAGGAGGUGCAAGACUAGAGGAAAACAGGGAGGCAGGAAUAAAAGUGGGGGAUGAAGAGCACCAAAUGAUAGAGGAACAGACAAGAGAGACCCAAGGUGAACAAGAGUCAAAAGACACAAAGACGAUGAUUGAAAAUCCAUGUCACUUUUCAGCAUUGAUUAAGGUUGAGAAAGGUCAAGCGUAUAUAUUAGACAGCAAUGAGAAAAAAGAAGAAGACAAGGAAGAUGAAGAAAAUAAACAAGAAGCAGUGAUAGCAAGUUUGGAAACAGAGGUAAGGGAGGAUAAGACCACUGACAGAGACAAUGGGUUGGAAGACCACCAGAUGGUGUCCACUUCUGAUGAUGCAGAGCAUGUUGGGGACUCAGGUACUCUUGUGGAAGAGCCGGGAGAGGGUCCACAGUUGUGUUCAGAUAACACAGACAAAGCAGAAGUUGUUACUCUUCCCACCAAUGGUGAUGUAAGAGAAAGCUUUGAGGACUCAGCAGUAGAUGUGACCCCUGUUACCGCUGGGAUAAAAGAACAAGUCGACUAUCAAGAGGAUCUAUGCCAAACCUCAACUGUUAGCAACAAUGGAAUACCCUUUGGUACAAUUGCUACAAUUAAACUGGUGGCCAAUGAGACCAACCAAUUAACCAGUGAGAAGAAUAAUAAAAUGGAAAACACUGAUGAGAAGGACAAUGCAGAAUCCAGCAAAAAGGAAGUUGACACCAGUAAUAAUCACAUCACAUGGCAGGAGGAUUGCAUAGAAGCAAAGGUUGAGCAUAAGGAAACCAACGAGUGUGUGAAAUAUGCAAUGACCUCUCCUGAUGAUGUUCUAGAGAUAGUGGGUGAAGUAAAUCAGAAGGUAGAGACACCAGACGUUGCCCUUGAACCCUCUGAAGAACAGCAGACAGAAGGAGGGGUUGAGGAAACGAGGAUGGUAGGGAUCAACAAGAGGCAGCAAGAGGAGAAGCAAGUGCGACAGGGUGGGGUUAAUACUCUAGUGAUGGAUGGGACAGGACACAGUACGGAAGAGGAUGGGCAGAUGGGUGAUAAAGUUAGUAGAGAGUCAAUGGGGGAGGAAGAGCACAGAGGAAGAAGUGAUCUAAAAGUGCAAGAAGAUAAGAUUGCUCAAGCUGAAAACCAGGCUGAGGAAGAUCUCCCAGAACCAGUACCGCAGUGUGUCAAGGAGGUACCUUUAGGUAAACAGCGAGAUGCGCAAUUGGACCAGGUGGACGAAGCAUUUGAACUAGAGGAAGGAGGUGCAGAUGUACCUGAUAACCUUGGAGAAGAGGGCACCUCAGACGAUAAUGAGUCCACAACAGAGCAGAGAGGUGAUUUGCAAGAACAUCCUUCAGAGCUCCUCAAAGAAGGAGGAACAGAUUGGGGAGAAAAAUUGAGAGAACAGCUAAGAGAGCAGGCCCUUGUAGAAGACGAGAAGGGAGGAGGAGCAGAAGAAGAAGCAAUGGAAGGAGAGUUAGAGAUGGCGGAAGAGCCUGUGACGGUUUUAGAUGAUGAUAUUGAAGAGAUAGAGGACAGUCUGAGGAGAGAACUUGAAGAACAAAAGCCUGCCACCAUUACACCCCCUUCUGAACACACUAUAGCGGAGACAAAGGAUCCAGAUAAUCAAGAACUGCAAGAAGAGGAACUUGAACUUGUUAAAGAGAAAGAUAUGAAACUGAAAGAUGAAAAAGAAGAGGUAGAAAAGGAUAAGAGGCCAAACGAUGACAACAGAGAGGUAGAGUUGGAUAUACAUGGAAGAGUUAAAGGACUGAAACAAGCAAUGGAGAAUGGGAUCUUGUGUCGUGAGCCACAGCCGCUAAGGAUGGAAGAAUGGGGGACGGCAAGAGUGCUGUCACCCAGAAAGAAAGAUAAUGAGUGGAUUAAAAAAGUUCAACCUGAGGAAGAGAGUGCACCAGAAAUUAAACUCUGGAGGAAAGAACUGAGGCCUGUGAAAAAAGAUGUCUGGGAAUCUGAGAGGGGAAGAAAUGAGAGAGAGAAAAGUCCUCCAAGGAAGGAGGACUGGAUAAAGGAGCUGAAGUCAGUGAUCAAACAUGAUUCCCUACCCAAAAAGAGGGAUGAUCAGGUAAAGAAAAAACGAGUGGUGCUGUUGGAGGAUGGCCAUUCAUACAUCCCCCAGCGGGAGGAGAUGAUCGAAGAGAAGAGAGAGGAGGUGAAACUGAUCUCCCAUAAGAGGAAGGAGAGCCCUUUGGCCCCUGGGCGAGGGAACAGCAGAACACCCCUAGACCAGGACUACGAGAUCUCCCUGUAUGUCAAGGCGGGAAGUGAUGGGGAGAGCAUUGGUAACUGUCCAUUCUCUCAGAGACUCUUUAUGAUCCUGUGGCUUAAAGGAGUCAUCUUCAACGUCACCACCGUCGACCUCAAACGGAAGCCGGCUGACCUGCAGGACCUCGCUCCAGGAACAAACCCUCCUUUUGUGACCUUUAAUGGCGAAGUCAAGGUCGAUGUCAACAAGAUCGAAGAGUUCCUGGAGGAGAAACUGAUCCCACCACGCUACCCCAGACUGGCUCCCAAACAUCCUGAAGCCAACACAGCGGGCAUCGAUGUGUUCGCCAAGUUCUCAGCUUACAUCAAAAACCCGAGGAAAGACACCAACGACGCCUUAGAGAAGACCUUGCUGAAGUCUCUCCGGCGUCUUGAUGACUUCCUGAGGACUCCCCUGCCGGAGGAGAUUGAUGCGGACGCCUCAGGAGACCUGCCCGAGUCCUCCAGGAGCUUUCUAGACGGGUCUGAGCUCACCCUGGCUGACUGCAACCUGCUGCCUAAACUACACAUCCUGAAGGUCGUAGCCAAGAAAUACAGAGGCUUUGAGAUCCCAGCGGAGAUGACAGGGGUGUGGAGGUAUUUAAACUGCGCUUAUCAGAGGGAGGAGUUCACCAGCACCUGCCCCGCUGAGAGGGAGAUCCACUUUGCCUAUCUGGAUGUGGCAAAGCAAAUUAAAUAAGAGCAAGAGUUGGAAAUUACGGAAACAAGGGGGGUGAAAAAUGAGAGAACACCGACAGGAGGAAAAUGUCUUUUAGUGAACCCUGGAGAGAUGUAUCAUGUGUGACUGUCGGGGGUACGACAAGCAGGCAAGGAAGCAUGACAAGAGAGAUGAGGGUAGUAGUAAGGAAUGGAGAAUACUGGUGAUAAGGAAAGAAAUCCAACUGGUGGGAGAAUCCUGAUAAAUUUACAUUACCAUGUAGGAAGCUAUACAGUAUGAAGAAUAUGAGCUCCAGGUUAUAGACUAGGCCGAUCCAUACUAAUACAUCUAUUAACUCCUAACUUUUAACUGUAAUAUCGUUGCAUCAGUUGGAAGUGGAGCCCUCAUCCUGAUUACCUGUUUGUGUGUGUACAAGUCUUCAGUGUGUGUGUGUGUGUGUGUGUGUGUGUGUGUGUGUGUGUGCUCUCACAGGUUGGGUUGCACAGUCAUCUAUUGUGUCUUUGUACCUAUAAUUCUACAAAUAAUUACAAGAGGUUUUGUAGAAUGAUUAUUAGUUUCACUUUUCAGAUGAUGGCCGGUCCAAGUUCACUGCAAAGACUAAAUAAAUAGCACAAUGAACAAUGUUUAGCUCAUCUAACAGAGUCUAGUUAACAACUUGUUUUGUUAAUUUGAAUCAGAACCUUUAGCAUAUAAAUGUAUGGAAUCUGAAAAUCAAAUCUUAUUUUAAAUCAUGGCAACAUCCAAAUAUGUGAAAUUAAAGAAGAAUGCACACACUGACCCACAAAUAGCUCCAGCGUGAAACUGUUUUUGUACGGUACAUGUUAAUUAGUGAGCUUUAGAGGUGCAUCUUUAUUUUGUUCGGGCAGAGCUGGGCUAGCCACUUGUUUUCACAGUUUAUGCUAAGCUAAAGUUAAGCUUCAUAUUUAGCGUACAGGCAUUUCUUCUUAACCUGCGGCAAAAAAGAAAAUAACAAUAUCUCCUAAAACCUUCUAAAGUAUUCUUCAAGAUGUGUCUCUAGGUCCUGUUUCAGAGCUUUGGAGUAGAAGACAUUAUGAUGUCUUAUGACCAUGACCUCCAAUGUUGAUCUGUGUCUGGGAUAUUACCAUCGACAUGUGAAUGCAUUGGAUUCUGGGAGCCACGGAUGUUUCCGAGACUGCAAAAUUAUUAACUUAUACUUAUAAUUAUUAAUUAUCACACUAGUGCGUAGUGAACAUUAACACCAUAAUGCAUAAUAUAUGUAUACAUACACAAGAUCUGUAGCUAAGCUAAAUAUCACCAGACUAAAGCAUCAGGUAUAAACCAUCCUAAUGUCAUGUGAUGAUCAUUUAAAUAGGUGGUAACAUCAAAAGGCACAACACUAUUUCACAGCAAUAGAGACACCAAAGAAAAUAAAGGCCACAUGUUGAGGACAUGAAGUGAUGUCCACAUCAGAGUAGUGUAAGACGACUGCACCAGAAUCAGUCCUCAUGACCUUCUGUCUCACUUUGGCCUAAAAAUAAAGCGAUAAACUGUUAGUCGGUUAAUUAUCGGAUCAUCUGACUGCUUGUGUUUCUUGACCAGCUGGUCAAAAACUAAAAAACUUGAAUUUUCCCUCCAGUCCUGCCGUUAUAAAGUGAUAGAAGCAGUGCAGGUGGAACAGGACCAGAGAUUUCAGUUGCAAACACUUUAGCUAACGUGAUGCGUGACCAAACGUUAGCUCGCCUGCGUUAGCCUGCUGACACUGCAGGACAAAUUCAGUAAUAAGUCAUAUUCAAGCUGUAAUAAAUCAGACACUUUUCCUGUAAGCCUUACUUAAGAAAAAAACAUUGAUGAUUGUAAAAACAACUGCACUACAGUGUUCAGUGGAUCACAGUGCAGUCAACCCUCCCAGUAUAGGCACAGUGUAUGAAAUACAUUUCUUCACUGAAUAUCUGUCUUAAUGGUAAUGAGGAAUCUGAGGUUAAAUCAAGAUGAAGAGCGUUGUGUACUUGUAUAUGAACAUUUCAUUGUACUAAAUGUGUACUCUCUAUACUGAUGCUUUGCCACUAUGUACUCAGAUUGUGAUCAUCGUUGACAUCCUGCUUUUGUAUCUAAUACUGACUGGCUGAGUGUGGGCAGGCAUCGGUGCUACUUGGUUUAACUUUUUGAUGGACUGAUUCUGAAAACACCACCGUUGUAAUCCUGUCCUCACUUAUCCAAAGUCUCCCUGCUCCUGUCGGCAGCAUCAACAGUGCAGCGCGGGUGAAACUUGCAUUUAUUUUCCUACAAUAAUCACCUUUAUCAGUUAAAAACAGUGCCUCCUGUCAUGGUCAUUUACUCUUUCUAAAAACAAAAUGAUGUGAAUGGGACAUCAUUUGUUUUAUUUUAAUCAAUUUGGUAUUUUAUUACAGGUUUUUGAGAACAGCAGAAUUCAGGAAAAAGUUGUAGUUCCCUUGAAUGCAGCUUUAUUUCUUUCAAAUCAUUAGUUUGAUCGAUGAACAGAAGUAGUUUGGUGUGUUUCUGCACCAAACCACCACUUUGAUAGACGUCUUCCAGCCAUUCAGUGUUUGGCAGAGAUGAGAAACAGCCUGCUGUGUUCUGGCCUUAUAUCCU